AGUGUAUGUGACAGUCUGCAUCUGGUUGGACUAAACCAAAGUUAAAAGUUAAAAUUAAAGUUUGUUUUGUUUAACAACACCACUAGAGCACAAUAAUUUCUUUAUUAAUCUUCCGUUAUUGGAUGUGAAACAUUUAAUAACUCGUACAUUUUACAUUAGCAGCAAGGGAUAUUUUAUAUGCAGAAACAGGACAACAGAUACCAUGGCUUUCAAUAUACCUAUCGUGGGGAUUCAAUUCUGCGACCAGAGCACCUAAGGCGAGCACCUGCCGACUGAGCUAGAUCACGUCCCGAACUACAACAAACACCAAACCUAAUCCCACAGAUGUCAGAGUAGCAUAAUUAUGCACCAGAAACUAUUAUAACAUGGGCGCAUAAUCUGAUCAUUCCACUGAAGUUUCAUAUGCACCUUUUUUACAGACAAAAAUCUCAUACCACGGACUUUGGUAUACAAGAUGUUGAUCAUAAGCGUACGAGGGGAGGGGAGGGGGACUCCCCCACCACUAGUGCUGGAGCAAAUCCUCAAAUUCGGGCGAAAGCGGUAGACAUAUUUGGAUAAACUGUGCCAACCUGAGGCCUUUUUAUGAUGUGUUUCUAUCAUUCUGGAAGCAAAAUUAGUUGUAAUCCAUGUAAAAAUGUGUAGUGUUUCGUUUGCAACCCUAUAUAGCUGUUUGGUAGUAAAGUUAAUAUAAAUAAAUGCUGUUAUCCAGAUUCGGACAUUUUCGUUUACGUCUGGCAAAAACCAGCCUGCCCUCUACAAAAUGGAAGCUCGUACGCAAAUGUCGUUGAGGUUAGAAGGGGAAAAUCCAAACGGGCCGCCGAGGGAUCGACACUACAAUAACCACACCUCUGAUACACGUCAGAGUGUUUAUGUAAUCGCCUGGCUGCGUGGCGACGCCCGCGAUUACACCAUCGACGUCUCGUCAACGUCGGUAGUAGAGGUACUUCACAGAUUUCAGUUACCUGGCAAUGACGUUGUGUGCACGACGGAAAUUCAAUUUCAUAACACAUGGGUCCAUUGAGUCCAAUCGACGCGUUUGGCGCAACCACAACACACGUGUACAACAGAAAAGAAAAACUCGGCGUUGGCGCUUCCUGCGAAGUGUUCAGAGGAAUUCAAAGAAACUCUGGGACGACGCACGCCUUGAAAAUCUUCAAGGAUGGGAUUUGGUCGAAUUCGUGCGAACAUCAGCGGGAGGUGGAAGCUCUGUCGAAACUGAAACACCCCAACAUUGUGGCCUUACACGGCAGGGAGAAAGAGCUGGAGACUGGGAGAACAGUACUGGUAAUGGAGUUAUGUCAAGGUGGGAGCCUCCACACAUUCCUUCAGGAACCAGAGAAUAUGCAUGGGCUUGGCGAGAAAGAAUUCUUCAUCUUUAUCAGUGAUACCUGUGCCGGUCUAAAGCAUCUGCGCAGCUGUGGGUUCGUGCAUAGAGAUAUUAAACCGGGCAACAUCCUUCGAACGGUACUUUUUGACGGAACUGUUAGGUACAAGAUCUCUGAUUUUGGUUCGAGUAAAAAUCUUGAACAUGAAGAAGGGGAAUUUAUGUCAUUAGCAGGAACUGAGGAAUAUUUGCAUCCCGCCAUGUACGUGAAAGCCUUCGUCAAACGAGACAUCGACAGCAGCUUCAACAACACCGUCGACCUGUGGUCCUUAGGCUGCACCAUCUACCACGCAUGCACGGGCGAGAUCCCGUUCAAACCCCACGGAGGCGUCAGACACAACAGGAACAUCAUGUACAUAAUGAUCACGUGCAAACCGAGCGACGCUAUUUCUGGAUCCCAGCGUCAGGAGGACGCAGACAUAGCGUGGCAGAAUGAACUCCCCAAAACCUGCCCGAUGGCCACUUGUGUUAGUCUCAGACUCGACGUUCAAAAGAUGAUAGCUGGCCUUGUUGAAGCAAACAAGACUAGGCAGUGGACUUUUGAAACUUUCGAAAGAUCAGUUCAACAUCUAACAUCGAUGAAGAAAAUCUGCGUUGUUAAUACAGACAAAGCCUCUUUGCACGACAUCUAUGUUUCACCCUUAUCAAGUUUCAAAGAUUUUCAUCACUGUGUUGACAGAGAAAUCAACACUGACUCAUCAUCAUUUCUGUUAUUUCACAAAAACAAACAGCUGCCCUGUUCGUCAGAUGUAUCGUUGGAAACAGUAGUUGCCAAUAAUGAUACACCAGUUAUUUUAAUUCAUAAAACUAAUGGAAAACACGUUUUACCACACCAAACAGAUCCCUUUCCUAGUUUCACGUCCUCCAUGACCAUGGAGGAAGAAAUCAAGACAGCUCGGAAAGACUGCUGGGCAGUCAGUAAUUAUGGAAAGCUCGUCAAGUCAGCCGAGUGGAUUCAUAAAGGGUUAAUCCAAGCAAGAGAGAUAAUGUGUUCUGAAUACAAAGAAAAACGUUUGUACAUACAAAAACAUUGCCAAGCUUUAUUGGACAUUGCCCAGGAGAAGCGAUCACUUCUGGAGAUGAUAGGGGAGUGGGAAGGAUACAGGAGGAAUAUAUCCCAAGCAGUCGAUGUAAAUGUAUCCCAGCAGUACAAACAAGCAAAGAGUCUGUGUUUAAAGAUUCACAACAGCCUGUAUGAAGUUCAAGAAUCACUAAGACAGUACUCAGAACCGGCCGUGCUGGGAUAUCAUACAGGACAGAAUGGAAUAAGUCUUCAGCCACAAGCCAGAUGUGAAGAAAACACAAAAGGUUUUAACACUGAUAUAGCAGGGGAAAGCGACAUGUCAAGUCGAGCACAGCACCUGUUUGAAGAAAGUAAGUCAAUAUGGCGCAGAAUGAAGCAAAGACAGCAAGACAGACCUAUUUCUGAGUUUGAGGAAAUGAUGCACAAAAAGGACAAGAAAGACCUUCAGGAAAUCUGUGCUUAUGCAGUUCACUUGUGGCAGGACUUCAGGCAACCCAAAACACAGAUUCUGUAUGAUCGUUUCAUCAAACACAAAACAAUGUAUUUCCAAAGAAAUGAAGAUUUGACAAUGAUUGAACAACAGCUGAUGAUAAUAAAGGUUGACGUAAAGAAGCUUACAGAGCAGUUAUCACAGAUAUGGGCGUUUUCUGGAAAAGCGUGGUCGCAGUUGACUGACGACUUAUCCAUAUCAAAAUAUUCCUCCAAGGAGUCGGCCAUCGUGAUGAAAGAAAAUGACGAAAUACGUCAAAAAUCUGAAGCCUUGCUGAAGCAGCUGAAGGAAGUGAAGAUGGAGGAUGACCUCAACUAAUAUUUUCCACAAAACCAAUACAGAUUUGAAACAUCUAGAAAGCGAAAAUCCAAACUCUUGGAUGGCUGUAAUAUCAUGUUGAUAGAACGUGUAUCCACUGUGUGGCUUUACCACCCGAGUCUGUCAAACCAGCCAGUGUUUUGAUGCUCCAACCAGCAUUGAGUCGUCAUCUUCACGUCCAGGGGCUAUGUUCCCGAAGCCACCGUUACGUAAAACGACAUCAUUAACAUGUCGUUGACCAAAUUUCCAUGCUCUCGAAGAUGUCUUACUGAAUAUCGUUAGCCUGCGAUAUCAUUAUAUUAACAACGGGUCCAAUCCUGUUGUUAGCAGUGUCGUUUACUGCACGUCUGUCGUAAUCAAGCAUGACACUUUUUACAAUAAGUAGUAGAAUCUAAUCUUUAUAUCAGAUCCAUCCCCCCACCCGGCUCUUGUUCCUUCGCCUAUUCAUAAAUAUUUCCACGUAAUAGCAGAAUGUGAUUUUUUAAAUAAUUAUAUUCACCUGUUAAAGUAUAUGUUAGCUUUACAUAUUUAAAAUGUUGGCAUUUACCAACAUUUGCCAUGACGUAUUUUACUUGUCGAAAACAGGAAAUUGCUUUAUAAGACAUCAAGUUUUUAAAAACAAUUCUACGGGAACAUGACCGCGGUCUCGAGUCUCUCUAGAAGUGACGUAAAUACCCGACCAGAGUCGAACCAGAGUUCUGUCCUUCGUAAUAAUUCGAUUGUUCGUUAUUCACGAUAUUUGCCAUUGUAACUUUAACUAAUUAUUUGAUUGGAUCGAACAGUUGUUAACUGUAAGUACUUAUUUUAGUUAAAUUUUGGUUAUCGUUUGCACCAUUUCCGUGUGUUCGGCCAACCAUGCUAGCUGGCUUACAUGCAUUAUCAAAUUCAAAUUAACCACGUGGCCAAGUACUACACAAAUCAUCAUUGCAUGCGUACGGUAAACAAAAUAACCACACGGUGAUUUCCUUUAUUUACGACAUAUUUCAAACGACACCACAAACACAGUGAAACGACAGUUUUGGCUAACUGUCGCCCAUCCUGUCGGUAUGUUGUCAUUCUCGGCCAUUUUACGACGUCGUUGUGGCCUAACUAUCGAUAUCUUCGGGAACAUGGUCCUAGCUCUAGUAACACCACCAUCCCAAUAUAAGAUGAAGCGUAUUCAACAAGUCAUUUGUCAAGAGGAAUCCUACAUCUUCACCAGAGGCCACCGCCAAACUGGCGACCUAACUAGAGGCCGUAUUAACCAUUGGACCUUCAGAUGAGGAAACUUUGACCUACGUUUGCCACAUAUAUUAAGGGAGAUAUACGUACAUACAAGAGAAAAUAUGAGUGUAUACAGAUGCCAGAGAACUGAAAGCUUCUAGCAUAGCACACUGUGCAAAUGCUCCAACAAUAUAUAUGAAGCAAGGCAAGAUGACAGCACACUUAAAACAAUGUCUAAAACUGCCACGAGAGAGUAUCUGUUAUACCAUAUCAUACUUACAACUAUGAAUACAUUUACCAUCCACUGGCUACUUAUGCUCCUCAGCCCAGCUGGUAUGGUCGUCUGAGCAAAACAUUUUUAUGGCUGGAUACAGUUUUUCGUGAACUUUGAAUGGCAGCUGUGAUUAACAUCACCUUAGAAUAGUAAGUAGUUAGCGGUAUUUUACACAGACUGAAAGUCUUUUGGAUUUAUCGGGAAUUUUUAAUUUUUAAUUAUAUGUACAGUGGGUUUUCCUCUAUUGGUCCAACAUGUUCUAUAUUCCCGUCCAAAACUUACGAUAUGGUUUUGGCUGAUGCUUUGUAUACAGUCUGGUUUGUGUCCGUCAUUUUAGACCAUUGUGCAUCUCCAUCCCUAGAACUAAUCUCAGUACCCAACCAUCAAUAUUAAAAUAUACGAAUAUAUAUUUUUUAUAACCACUUUUAUCUCUCUUUCACAGGACCUUUCCUCUUCCAACAUGGUUCUUAUCGGAAUCUAAACCUUUUAAGUACUCUUAGAACAUAUAUCGGGAGUUUUGUGUGUUCACUUUAGUGUGGCACCUGUCUAUUCUACUCAAAAUCAACCUUAAAAUGUUUCGGAUGAGCAACCUAUUUUCUUUUUUUUACUUUUUUAAUUUUCUGCAGACAUCACCUCUUGGCUUAUCACGCUCAUCUGUUGUUCCAAAUUCUGACCAUCUUAUAUCGUCGAUAUUGCCACUGGCGAAGGCAGGGGCUGUAUUCUGGACAGGCAUGCUUGACCAUUAUAUUGAUAUGUCCUCAUUAUUUUAAAUUUUGGAGGUGUUUGUAAACAAAACUGUUUUUUAACUUCAACAAGGCUCUGUGACGUUGUGGUUAAGCUAUCAGCUUAAUGCUGGCAGGUGCUGAGGUCGCAUCCCGGUACUAAUACCUACCCAGGGUGAGUUUCACUUGGUCAGUGGCACUAAUGUAGCCCAGGGGAGGGGGCCAUAGGGUCAUGCUUCCAUUAGCCCUGUUGCAAUUUACAGAAUGCUAUACAUGUAUAUUAAUACAAACUGUUGCAUUAGGUUUGAACCGAGUGUCUGACAAUACGCUUUCUUAACUACGGUUAAUUAGGGCUUCCGUUUUUUUAUGUUGAAGACCUGAUUGGCCAAGUAGUUGUGGUCGCGGGCUGUCAAAUGCUAUGCGAAUCGGUGCAGUAGGUUCGAAUCCUGCCAGUUGACACUUUGUUUUUUACUAUUCUAUUUGUAUGUCAUCCCAAAACACGAUGGUGCCCCCCCACCCCCAGUAUAAAAUCCUGGCUAGCCAAUGGUCAAUGAGAACGUAUAAAAUCACUACACUACACUGACGUCUCUUUCACUAAACACUAACCAUUAACAUCUGUCGUGAUUAGACAGCCCAGUCUAGAGGAAACUUGGUAGAGGCUUAAGUGUAUUGAAUCACACACACACACACACACACACACAGAUAUUUAGACAUUUAACACCAGUUGUUUCAUACUGCCCUCAUACAACAACCUUAACCCCCAAAUACACUCGAAUUUUUCUUUUCUUAGUGAAAUAAAUACUGCCUAUGGUAAUACUAGAUAAUAGAGAGAUUUCACAACCACACCGUUACUGUUAUGGAUAGUAAUAGGUCACCACUUUGAAUGUAAUUGGUGACAUCACAGCAAUUUGCUUCCCACUCUUUAAGAUUAAAAGGCUUGUAAUCAUACCGACUAUAUCAUGUGUAUCAUCCUUACCGUCAUCAACAUCAUCAUCAUCAAGAGGUUCUUUUCAGUUUAGUUGAAAUUCAUUUACUUUUUAAGAAGUUCUAUAAAAUAGGGGCGGCGGCUGUAAAAUAUUUUAUUUAUAUAUUAUAUUACAAGUUUUAAUUAUAUCUAUGCACGAAGUGUUUUAUUCUACAUUUUAUAACAAUUUUAUAACAACAUUUAAUAAUAAAUAAUAUUUGUUGUU